AUGUCUGCUGAAAACAGCCCCACAUAUACGAAUCCUCACGCAAGAACCUACAAGAUCCCUCCGUCCCGCUCCCCGAACUCAUCUCACAUCCACAAGUUCCACCAGUCACUUCCAUCAUAUUCCCCCUCACCACUCAUCCCUCUUCCCGACGUCGCCAAGUCCCUAGGGAUCAAGGCCGUGUUUAUCAAAGAUGAAAGCAGCCGAUUUGACCUGCCUUCAUUUAAAAUCUUGGGCGCCUCCUGGGGAACCUUUCGAGCUGUGACGGAUCAUUUAGACCUCCCACUAGAUGAGGCCCGGUUAGACAAUCUUGCCAAUGAUGCUCAAGCCAAAGGGAUCAGGCUCUUCGCGGCAACGGACGGCAAUCAUGGGCGAGCCGUGGCGAGAAUGGCGAAGCUAUUAGGCAUCAGUGCGGAGAUAUACGUUCCCGGGUGCCUCGACGAAUAUACCAGGGACUUGAUCGCCAGCGAGAAAGGGUGCAACGUGACCGCCAUAGAGGGCGACUACGACACCGCUGUUCGCGCGGCAGACCAGCAGGCCAAGUUGUGUUCCAAUGGAAUCUUGGUUCAAGACACUUCGUUUGAAAACUACGAGAGAAUCCCCCGCUGGAUCGUCGAGGGAUACUCUACCAUGCUCGACGAAAUCGAUUCCCAAGUCAGGAACCGCUCUCUGGCACCUACACUCCUCAUCACCCCCGUUGGAGUGGGCUCACUCGCCCACGCUGUCGUCUCCCACUGCAAAUCAGUAGAACCACCCGUGUCUGUUCUCACCGUCGAGCCGGACACCGCCGCAUGUCUACACGCCAGCCUCGUCGCAGGCAAACUUACCCCGUUCCAGACCACAGGGACCAUCAUGAAUGGGCUCGAUUGCGGAACCGUCUCGCUAACAGCUUGGCCCGAUCUCCACGCCGGAGUCGAUGCCAGCACCACCGUGUCUGAUCUCGAGGCGCACCGAGCUGUGGAGUAUCUGGCAUCUCAGGAUAUCCGGCUGGGCCCGUGCGGCGCGGCGGGACUAGCGGCGCUUCAGCGGAUUGCGGCUUCGGAUCCUGGUUUGCUUGGUUUAGGGGCAGAUUCUGUUGUGGUUAUAUUGGGGACCGAAGGGAUGAGACCGUAUCCGGUUCCUGUUUCUAGUUGA